AUGACACCAUCAAAGAGACCACAGGAGAAGGAGGCACCCACACGGGACGAAUCAUCUCCAAAGAAGCUAAAUACCAACUUCACCAAGGAAGAUAUUGAACACUUUUUCAAUGGUCAAAUUUGGAAGUCUGAUUUCCAAAAUGAAAUUCAAAACCAAGUGAAGAACAGCUCACCUUAUAAAUGGGGAACUAUAAAGGAUCUCAUUGAUGAUACAUUGCUACGCCAAGUCAGGAAAGAAGUGUUGUCUGAAAUUGCAUUCACCAAGAAGGAAACUGACAUCUACAAAGUCUUUCAGCUGGGAGACCUUGCCAACUUGUCGGGACUAGAUUGGAGUGAUUUGUCACGAUUGCCCUCCUUGUAUAAAUUGCGAUCUGCAAUUUAUUCUCAAGAGUUUAGGGAUGUAAUCUCCAAAAUCACAGGUUGUGGCAAAUUGAGUGGAGUUAAGACAGAUAUGUCAAUCAACACGUACACCAGAGGUUGCCAUCUAUUGACCCAUGAUGAUGUCAUUGGAAGCAGAAGGGUUAGUUUUAUAUUGUAUAUGCCAGAUCCCGACAAAAUUUGGAAACCUCAAUAUGGAGGAGCCUUGAGACUAUUUCCCUCAGUUGUACCUAAUGUUCCCCACACCGAUUACGAGUGUAAACUAGUUCCUCAAUUUAAUCAAAUUGCAUUUUUCACCGUGCAGCCAGGUUUAAGUUUCCAUGACGUGGAAGAGGUGAGGGAGGACAAACACAGGUUGUCGAUACAAGGGUGGUUCCACAUCCCGCAACCAGGAGAAGAUGGAUUCGUUGAAGGUGAGCAAGAAAAGACCGAGGCAUUGUCCACAUUGCAGCAACUUCAAAGCAAAGAGUUGCAAGAAUUUGAUUUCCCCAAAAGCAUCAGGAACGAGAUCAAUCGACUCGAGUUAAAGACCAUUCAAGCAUGCGAACAUCUUAGUGAACAAGACAUUAAUUACUUGAAAAAAUUUAUCAAUCCAAUUUACCUCAACCUUACAAACAUUGAAAAAUUGUGCAAGUUUUUUGCUGAAGAGUCGCUUGUGGAGUUGAAGGAUUUUUUCAAUGAAGAGUAUGCCUCUUCCUUAAAGGAGCUACUUCGAGACGUUGAAAUUAAUGCUGAAACACCGAAAUCCUCCUCUGAAGUACAACACCCUUGGAAAAUUGCAGUACCUCCACACAAACAACGGUUUAUGUACAUUGAUGGAACCUCACAUCAUGGAUUGUCUAAAGAAGAGAUCAAGUAUAUCAAUGAAGUCGGUCCACAAGAGCAACCAAACUUCACGUUACUUGAUAAAUCAGGCAACUUAAAUGCAGCCGACUCCAAACUCGUUCAAACUUGUGAAUUCUUAAAGUCGGUGGCUUUCAAGAAAUGGCUCAAGUUUAUAACUGAUUUCACACCCGCCAGUGAACAAAUUUUGGCCCGCAGGUUUAGACCGGGACAAGACUUCAUUUUAGCCACUCCGGCAGAUACAGACACCAACGACAAGGAUUUUGAGAAGGAUAUUCUACUUGAGGCUACAAUAAACCUCACCCCGACAGCAGACAGUGGUACUAAGGGAAAUAGCUGGGAAUCGGGUGAAUUUGGUGGCUACGAAUUAUGCAUGGCACAAACCACCUCCGAAGGCGAUGAUGAAGACGAUCCCGCCAUUUAUCGUUCAAGCAAGGAUUCGGAAGAGGAUAGUGUGCUUUACACCAGUCAGUGUAGUUGGAACUCCCUCACAUUAAUGGCUCGCGAUGCAUCGGUUUUAAAAUUUGUCAAGUACGUAAGUAUAAAUGCAAAGGGGUCUAGAUGGGAUAUCAGCUGUCAAUGGAAUGUAAAAGCUGUUAGUGAGGAUGAGGAUGAUGAAGAUGAAGACGAGGCUAACGGAGGAGAACAAUGA